UUUACUCUAAUCAACAUGGCUGACCAUAACACCGACUUUACUUGUCAAAAGAAUACCGCAGAUAUGAAGUUUUUUUGAACUAUCUAAGAAACUAUUGGAGUGACUAUUCAACAGAGGGUAUAGAAAACUGAAUCUCUUCGAGUAAAGUUCCAAUAAUAUUGACACAGAAGGACAUUUCGCGAUACUUCCUACCGUUGUUCUGUGGGUGACUCAUCUCCGAGAUAUCGGUCAUGGAAUAAUAAAUGAAGUGAGAUAAUGAAGGAAAACCAAAAACAAUGCUAACUGUCAAAGUCUAAAAAAUCUGAGUUAUUAGUGAUGUGAAACACAACAUCCGGAUGCCAGCAGCAACUAUGAAUGAAGAAGGUCAGCAAGUCGUUGUUGCAAAAUAUGACUACAAGGCUGAAAAUGCACAGGAAUUAGAUAUAAAGAAACAUGAAAAGCUGGUUUUGUUGGAUGACACUAGGGAAUGGUGGAAGGUGCAAAACAAUCGUCACAAAUCAGGAUUUGUUCCCUCAAAUUAUGUUAAAAAGUCGAAACCUUCGAAGAUUUUCUCUAGCCUCAGAGCAACUCUUGGAAGAAGAAAUAAAAGUGAUACAAAAUUGACUUCACAUAGUCCUGUGGUGAGCCGCAACGGAGAUACAGGAAGUGAUCAAAAUAGUACGAGUAGUGACGUUCAGAUUUGUGAUCCUCAGCCUUCCAUUGUCAAAUUCAAUUAUACUCCUCAGAGGCCUGAUGAAUUAGGAUUGACCAAAGCUGAACAAGUGACAGUGUUAGAAAAGUCAAUUGAUGGGUGGUGGAAGGGUCGUAAGAAGGAUAAUAGUACAGGAUGGUUUCCUUCAAAUUAUGUAGACAUUAUUGAACAAAAUGAAAAUAGUUGUCCCGUGGAGUAUUCAACAGCUGCAAUGUUGGAACCUCGAAUUCAGGAGCAAGAGACUGUUGUUGCCCUUUAUGCAUUUACUGGUACACAAUCAGAGGAACUCACGUUUGAAAAGGGAGAGCGACUUGUGAUUUUGGACAAACCGUCAGAGGACCCUGAUUGGUGGCGUGCUCAGAAUGAACGUGGAAUAGUUGGGCUGGUCCCACAAAAUUAUGUUCAGGUUUUAGAAGACUGUGAAACUGCCAAUAGCCACAGUUCUUCAACACCACAGUCCCAAUCAACUAGUAGUUUAUCGAACACUUCUAAUCUCUCAGUUGUUGGUCCAGGAAGUAGAAAACAGUUUCGUGUUUCUGGUCCACUUGCAGAUAAAGACUGGUAUUAUGGCAAAAUAACACGACAAGAAUGUGAGGAACUUUUGAAAAAGUUUGCUCAGGAAGGAGAUUUCAUUAUACGUGAUAGUGAAUCUGCUAGUGGAAACUUUACCGUCGUUUUAAAAGCUGCAGAAAGGAACAAGCAUUUUCGUGUUAAUGUGAACGAUGAACAGUACCAGAUAGGUCAACAAAAAUUCUCGUCACUUGACCAGUUAAUAGAGCAUUACAAGAAACAUCCGAUCUUUAAACAGGAAAAUGAAAAGUUGUAUUUAGUCAAACCAUUCAUUAUGCCGUCAGAAUUCUGACGGUACAUUAUUACUGUAUUUAUGAAGCAUUUUUUUGAAUUUUUUUAAUUAAUUAUUAAGUGCAAAAGUAUUGGUCAAUCAUAACAUCUUAAUCAUUGUUCUAAUUUGUUUCUGAGAUUUUAACCCAUACGUGAGAAUCCAUAAAAAAAUAGUUGACCUAAAUUUUCAUGUAAAUUGUUAUAUUUUCUGUUUAAUGCAUUUUGAAUCAACAAGGUUAAUGUUGAUAGUAUAUUUACACAGAAACAAGUUCUGCAAAAUGAAACGGUUAUCACAAAGACCAUUUUUAUGUUUGUUUCAUACUUUUUUUCUCUUUCUCACUGUUUAUCUAUUAACUGUUGAAAUAAAAAUUGUAAUGACAAGAUAUAAGUAAAACAAAGGUAAUUUUAAACGAAAGAAGCAUGCACAGUUCCACUAAUUUUGAAAGCAAACAAUUUUAUUUUUUUUAAGUCCCCCUUUUAAUAACAGUCUAAAUAAUUUAAGGAUUAUGUGCCCUUUUUGUGUUUUUUUGUUUUUUUUUUAAAUUCAUUUCUAACACUGACAAACAGUGAAUUAUGAUAAUGUUUAUGUCCCAGCUAGCAUUGUGUUUUUCACUCUAUAUCCAUCCUUUAAAGUUUUGGUUUAACAAUGUUAAAGGUAGUUUAUCAUGAAAGUGGUAGUCAAAUCAACAUUAAACUUAGAACACGUUCAUGUUCAUUAUGAUGUGAACUAUUUCAAAUAAUAAGAUUUUGCAGUUCACUAAGAUGGAAACGUAAUGGUGUGAGCGUGGUAUGACAUGAUUGUGUCCUAUGGACACCUAAUUUUGUUUUUAACGCUAUGCAAUAUUUUAUGUUCUUACAAAGCACAAUAUUACGUAGGCAUUUUAUGAUUAACUGUUGAAGCUCUCAUUUCUUUGCACUUUUGAACUUGCUUAAGAAAGUGAAGGGGGCACAUAAUCCCUAUUAAAUCAGAUGCAAGAAAAUAUAGGAUACGUUGCAUGGGUAGAAUGCUAGAUUUAAAAGGUUUCAUGUAAUUUUUUUUAAUAAAAAAAUGGCCGUUUUUGGUAGUUCAUGGAAAGAAUCAAUUUACCAACUUCCUUUUUUGUAAAGAGAUUAAGACUUAGUUUGGGAUGUAAAAAUGUUAGCACAUGCUACCUACUUGUCUGAUAAUUUGGAUUGUAUGUAGAAAAGGUUUUGAAAUACUAGUAAAUAUUAUCUUUAAAAAUACCUAGCUAGUGACCCAGACUGAAGCAAAAGGAUAUAAUUUGAAUUACCUCCCUUGGGAAAGUUGUAUUGUGAGAUCACAAAAGAGAGGUGAAAGAUACCAUAGGGACAUUCAAAUGUUAAUUCAUAAGGAUAAGUUCACAGAAGACAUGUGUCAUGGAUUUUGAAGUCAUAUUGUGUCACUGUUAAGGUAAAUAGAAGGAAAGAAAUCAAAGCCUAAGGUCCUACCCUCUACUCAAAAAUUGUCUUAUUAUCCCUUUUUAUUAAGAAAAAAAAUUAAAAUUUAUUUUGUUGUUCUGGUAUAAGGUUUUCAGGCCAAAAAUUUCAACAGAGGUAUCUGUACCUACAUUUGUAACUCAUCUAAAAAUUUCAAAAUUGGCUGGAUAAGUGUAAGAAUUAUUCCUUGUUGACUUAUUCAUUUUAAAUUGUGGCUGUAAACAUUAAAAUGUUCCUGUUGUGUUUCUUUCACUAUUUGUUUGUUACCAUGCAGCUUUAGUGAAUUUAGCUUCAACCACUCCAACUUUGGGAGCGGGCAAUAUAUCUAACCUGUCCACUUUGUCCACCCUGUGAGUGAAUGUGCCAUUUCAUUUGUUUUAUCAAAUAACUUGAAAGUAGAAUUCUUUGAUAUAAGCAAUUAAGCAAUUUUAUGCAAAAUUGAAACAAAAUAAGUGAUUAAAACAUAAGUUGAUGGGUGAGAAAAGCAAAAUCCACACAAGUUUUAGUAUAAAACAUUUUAGAUUUUUCUCAUAUUUAUCAUACAUGUUAAUUGAUUUCUCUACUCUCCUUAUGAAAUUAAGCCAUUUGAAGAAAAUGCUUUUUUUUCCCGUUUAAAUAGCCAAUAUACAGUAAAAUAUAUCCAUACUAAAUCUCUGUAAACAGGAAAUCUGUCAAAGCUGUCUGUAUUAUACUAACCUGUAUAUUCUAAACGUCUGUUGAAAGAACAGGAUCUUCAAUUUCUAAAAGAUUUUGGUACAUGUAUAGACAGUUUUCACUGUAUUUCAUUAUAUUCUAAAUCAUGAUCCAAAUUGUGCAUGCAAGUUUUAUAGGUUGUAAAAUGCAUAUUUGUUAGAUUUUUUUUUUCUGGGGCUCAUAUGUCAUUGAGUACAGUCUCCAUGUUCUGAAUUUUAAACCAGCAAUUCCAUAAAAAGAUACACAUUUAAUCAUAUUUUAAAGAUUUUGCAUUUUUCAAGUAAAUUUGAAAUUUAUAUUUAAAUACUGUUAUAAAUAAUGUACCAGUAAAAUCCAUUAGAAUAAUAACCAUUGGUAUUUGCUUGUCAAUAUAAGUAUAGGAAAUAGACUUAAAAAAUGAAAGUAUGUUCACAAACACUUUUAUCCUCUCUUUCAUUUUAAUUGCCAAUUUGUUGAUAAAAGACAUAUUUCAGCUUAGUUCACCAGUUAAUAAAUAUUCUUGAUGUAACUUUUGUUGAUAUGUCAAAUGAGGUAGAAUCCAAGUGCAUUUUUUCAUGGUAUACAAUAUUUUUUGGGGGGUCUCAGCAAAAUGCAAAAUUAAAACAAAAAAUAACAUUAUAACUUAUAGGAUAAACUGUGAUACUAUUAAGUACCUUAGCUGAGAAUUUGGACAACACAUACAUACAUGUAGUUAUUGAAAACUUAUUCAUUAUUUUUAUGGUACAUGUACUAAGAGAUAAAUGUAGUUGUGUGUCAUUGUGUUAUUGAUUACAUUAUGAUAUAAAUACUGUAAUUUUAGUGAGUGUAAAAGUGCAAAUUUUCAUUGGGGUUUUAAUUUCGUUUAUUCUGUGGAUAGAUAUUAUUCAUGAAAUAAGAAUCGUAAAGAAAAAAUUUCUUUAAAGAACGUUAUUUUCUCCAACUUGAAACCACAAAUAUUUUAAACCCCCACAAAAUCAUUUUAGAAAAUAAACCACAUUUUGAAAUCCACAAAAAUAGAGGUUUCUUUAGUAUGUUAAUGCUGUAAUUUAUGCGCAUGAAUAAUUACGUAAUGAUUUUCACUUUUGAUUAAUUGUCAAUUUAAUACACCGAAGUCAAUCUGAUAUGAGUUAUAUUUAAAAUCAAAUUCCAUCCGUAACUGUAUUGUGACACAAUAUUUCUAAUAUAUAAUUAACAUUUAUUCUCAACAUUUAACAGGAUUAAAAUACAAAUUAGCAAAUCAGCAGUGAUUCUUGCACCAAGCACAUAUAUCCUAUAUCAGUGCAUGAUUGUACCACAUAACCCUAUGUGUUUACCAUUUAUUUUAAAUUGCUGAAAAAAGGUUUCAGCAUCAUUUCUAGUUGAAAGUGUCAAGCCUAGAAUUUUGAUUAUUUUUAAUUUCCUUUUAAUAUUAAUCUGUGAAUUUAAAUUCCUGGAAAAGUCUUCUUUUAAUCAUUGGAAAUUGAAAUUCUGACAUAAAAUUUUUAUUAAAUGAAUGCAUAUAAUUUGUUUUAUUAUCCAGAAUGUUUUAAAAAAAUGUUAAGGAUUUAUGUUACUGAAGAUAUAUAUUUUAGAAGUUUCACUUGCCACUAUUACAAAUAUUGUCACAUAACAUGUAAAGGUUGUAAUCCAGUUUAAUACUUUUUUUAGUCAUUGACUUCUGUUACUACAAAAUGUUUAUAUACUACUCAUACUAGUUACUAUGAUGAAGGUUGUCUGCACCCACUUUGUAUCAAUAUUUCAAUGCAUAUCAAUACAAAACGGAUCAAUCUAAUUAACAUUCGAUCUCUAAAUAUCCUCUGUUAAAUUGAAAAUUUGAAAAUUCUGGGAAAUCUCUCAUUUCUGUUUGCUCUGUCAUAUUUUUAUAAUUUUAAAAGAAAAAUUCAACUGGUUUUAUCUCCUUAUUUAUGGUAUCUGCCCUGAAUAAUGGAUAAAGCUAACAGCUGAAGGCGGAAGUAACUUUCUUUUUUUAUUUUCACGGAAAAAUGGAAGAGCUGAAGAAAAUUAUACAGCAUACAUGUACUAGAAUAAUAACUAAUCUCCAGUGUGCAGCCUGGCAUCUUUGAUAAUUUUUUUGAGUAAAAUGUAAAUGCCAGAUUUCUACACAUACUAUUUAUAGCUCUCCAGUUAUCACAAUGUGUUGAACCCUUUAAGAAUUUUGGUACAAGUCUGCAAGUCACUUUUCAGAAGUGCAAAAUGAUAAGUUUGCUCAAACAAAAUUGUUGGUCUAUUUUUUCAAACAAUCAUCCAAUAAGUCUCAAAAUUUCUCCUCUUAUUUUUAAUUAUUGAUUCCAGAUCCUGAAAUAAACAUUAUCAUUAAAUCAGGAAAAGAACAAUUAUAGUAGUGAUUAAUUUAAGUUAAUGAUAGUGCUUUCCGGGAUUUAAGGUUGAAAAACUUACAUGAAGUGUGUGUCCUUUGUGUCAAGGGACUGGCAUGAUUCAUAUUUUUGUGCUAACAUUUUUAUUUACAUGUUUUAAAUUAGAAGCCUAUAGAUAUAUCAUGCAUCAAAAAAUGUUUCAUAUUUUGUCGUCCAUUGACAGUUGAUAAUUUUGCUUAAAGUAGUCCCGUGAAAAUUGAGGAAGACCUCUUAAUUGACAUUAGAAUAUUACAGGGUUAUGUUUUUGUUUCUGGCUAAUAUCUCUUGCAAAUCUAAAAAAAUUGUAUUUCCAUUAAAGAAUAGAUGUAUGUAUUUUUCAAAUACCAAUAUUUUUUUAUGCAAUAAUUAACCAAUAAUAAAGUUGAUUACAGUUGUUUAAGAAUCCAGCAAAAGUAAAGCAUGCACACUAGAGUUGUAAAGUUCAUAAGUUGUUGUGAAACAUGGGUUAAAUGUUUAUUACUUAUCUGGUAAUAUAUACAUUAUAGGAUUUAUUUCAAAAUAUUAUCUCCCCUUGCGAAAUUUGUUUCUUUGUAGUUUUUCAGAAAAAAAUCAUUUCUGUGGCUUAUCACAAAAUUAGAACAUUUACAAUAAAUAUUCAUAUAUAUCUUUUCAUACUCAAUGUUCUGAUUUCCAACAAAGCGACAAAUGAUAUCGUUCAAAUUUGGAUUCAAAUUAAUUUUUAUUACAGUCAUUCAAGUUUUGUUCAUUUACUUGGCCUUUUCAGUAGAUCGUGAUCCAAAAUACUAAUUUUAACCAACAUAUUCAUGUGCCUGUCAAAAGUCAAGAAUGUCAUCAGUGGUUAUCUUAUGUCAUAUCUUAAUUUUUGUUUGUUAAUUGGAGAGAGCAGUAUUAAUGACAGAUCUUUGAUGGUUUUGAAUUAAAUUAUUUCCGGUUUUAUAAGGUUGAAUAAAUUGUCACAUGGUCUUAACACUUUCUAUUUUUCGAAGACCAUAUGUUGACCUGUAGAUGACUUGGUUAUUUUGUGUCAUUUAGUUGCUGUAUUUGACAUACUGUAUACCAUAUACCCCACAUUAUCUUUUAUUUAUAAACAUGCUUACAUAUAUAAUUGUAAAAAACUUAAGGAAAUCAGACAUGGGGGUAAAUGUUAAAGCGAUAACAACCCAGCAAAUAAGUGAACCAAACUAAUCUGAGGUCUUGAAAUGCUGUGUUUUCUCCAGAAUUUUUUUAAUUGGUGCAAGAAAAAUGUUCUUUUCUGUUGGACUAAUUUUUUACAAAGGUAAUCUAUAGUUUUACUAUUAAUGAUAAAUCAUAUUUAUUAGAAUGGUUAUUUCAGUGUGUAUUUCAUAUUCUGCUGGAUUCUUAAAUUAAACUGGCCUAUUACAACAGAAGCAAUAUGUACAUUAACUAAUUCUUGCAAUUGAUCAGUUUCAAUUUGAAUUUUAUGUUGAGCUAUUGCAACAAUUUACGGUAUUAAAAUUGAUAAUGCUCUGGUGGACUAGCUAAAUUCAGGUGAUUUUACCUUAUAUUUACAAGAGUUCCUUCCACCUGAGUAAUUUUAGUUUCAAGGCCAGCGACUCUUUUCACAAAAAAUCUUAGGAUUGAAAUUGAUCAUAAGUUAUACUGAAAUGUGUAUGACUUACAAGUACUUUUACUCUUAAGAUUUUAUGUGAAAAGAGCCGCUGGCCUAUAAGUCAUUCAACUUUACUCAAUAUUUGUCUUGGAAACAUCAAGUAUUUUGAUUGGUUGAUUUCUGGAUCUAAGUACGUUAACCUUACUCCAAAAUUUUAUGACAGUAAGGAUUGACCUUUUUAAAUACAAUUCUUGAUAUAUAGAAUUGACCACAUGCAAGAAAAUUUGUUAACAGUUGUACACUUUCAGUUGUAAUACUAGUCCAUAUUUACUACAGUUAUACAGUUCUUACUUCACAGCAAAAGUAUAUUUGUUUUUGAAUAAACAUGUUUUAAAGAAA